CAAAUACACAAUUGAAUAAAUCAAUAAAACGGAAACUGAAACGUGAGAGGGAGCUGCGCAGAAGAGAAAAGCCACCAAACGACCAACGCAUAGAAGAAAACAAGCAGCACGCCAGACAGCCAACCUGCCAGCCAAGAAUUCCACAGUUUACACUAUUCAAUACACCACAACAGUAUUGUGUCCCAUCAUCAUCAUCAGCUCACAUUCCAAGUAAAGGCUGCCAUGAGUUAAAAAUCAUGAUGCAAGUUGUCCAGGAUCUGCUGCUUGUUAUCGCUUUAAUCGGCGCUUGUUCGCUGCCGCUAACCGCCGCCUGCUCUUCGCGUACCGUUGCCAAGCCGCGGCCAACAGCUGCUCCGAUCCAGCCGCCGCCGCCGGAUAAUGUAGAGCUGACCACAACAACACCCAGGCCAAAUGUCACCUUUCCGAUCUACGCCUGUCCACCAACAUAUGCCGCCUGGUAUUGCCUAAACGAUGCCACCUGCUUCACUGUGGAGAUACACAACGAACUCCUGUACAAUUGCGAGUGCGCCUUGGGUUUUAUGGGACCCAGGUGCGAGUACAAGGAGAUCGAUGGCUCUUACCUGCCCACAAGGAAUCGUGUGAUGCUGGAGAAGGCCAGCAUUGUGAGCGGAGCGACAUUGGCCCUUCUAUUCAUGGCCAUGUGCUGUGUGGUCCUGUACCUGCGACACGAGAAGCUGCAGAAGCAGAAGCUGCAAGACAGCACCACCAUAACGGCCACGGAUGGUGUGGUUGGCGGCUGCCAGAACGAGGGAAUGGACGAGGUGGAUGGUUUGAAACCGUUGCGACCAGUACGACGUCCUUUUGGCCCCUGCCGCAUCCUAACGCUGGAGGAGGCCCAUCAGCAUCAAGCGGUGGUCCAAUCUAAUCGCCCCAGCAGGCACUGCCACUAACUAGGAAACCCGCUCCACCUAACGAACAAUUUCUUGUUUUUUUGAAUGUCUAACAUGUCCAAUUGUUUUUAAGUUUAACCCUUUUAACGCAACCAUUCUGAAAUGACGAAUGCUGUAGUCUUAAGAGCCCUUAUACUAAAGUGCCUUUUACAAAAAAAUAUAAUAACUUUGGACCAAGAGUAUUAACGAACGAUUGCUCAGAGAGAAAGAAAACUAAAAACGAAAAACCUAGAGUUAAUGCAAUGCAAUUUUGGCAGUUAGCCGACCAUUUAUUUAUUAUACACCUAACUUUAUUAAACGCCGCGUGAACUAUUAACGUUAAUAAAAACGAAAAACUAAAAAGCAAAAGAAAUUAUAUUCUUUACAACUUAAUUUAGAUAUAGUUUUAAGGUUUUACAGUAUAAAGUUUAUACCAGUUUUACGCUGCUUGGACUAAUAAAAACUGGCCGAAGACGCAUGUCACAUGAA